CCCGUUUGCAAACAAUACCCUCCGAUUGCUUGCUUAGACGCAUCGGUGAACACGGAUAGUGCAGGCGGGCGUCAGGCGGGCGAUCCAAAAUUUUGUACAUGGGUGCACACAAACUUCCGCCGCGCAACGAGAGACCACGCCUGUGGAACCACCGCCAAAAUUCGAGGUCAUCGUGGAAUAAUGGACCCAGCACUACACGUCUGUUCGGGUUUGGCACUUGGGACGCGAAAGUAGACGAAGCGGGCAUCCCGACCGCGGAUAAAAGGCGCCCCACAAAGAACUUUCCUGGCCGCAACACGAACGAAACGUGCAUAAGAAACCCUGUCAACUCAGGUAACGGCACCGCUGUACUUUCGUCUGGUGGGGACACUACUUGAACAUGCUGCACAGCCGCAGCACCGGCGGGAGAGACGGACGCGUCUUGAAAUGUAGUGUGUGUGUGUGAGUGUUCCAACGCGGACGAGAACAAGGACCAAAACCCUGGGCUCGACCGCCAUCCAAAUUGACACCGUAGGUCAACAACCGCGUGAUCGCCAAUAGUGUACCCAAAACCAAUGCCCGAGACGGAUCCACCGGGAUUUGUCGGAAGGCUUCUUUCACAUCAAUGCGGCAGAUGAUAAUUUCCAACGACACGCCGUGUACUUGUCGCAAAUACAGCACCCGUUUCAGAAUAUCACUCAAAACAUGACCCAAGAGGCAUUCGGGUGCUUGAUCAAAGUCUGUAUCGUGAUUUACGCUGGUACGGAUGGGCACGCCGGAGGUGAACGUGAGAUCGUGAAUUAU